UGAUGUUUAAAAAAGGGAAUUCCCUCAAACGGUAGAAUGCUCGGGAGGAAUGUCCAGCGAAGAGAAAGCGGUUGUUGACAAGAGAAUAUGAAACGGAAAGGGGGAAGUAAGACUCAGGUGAACACAGAAGGUCGCUGUUCUAGUAUAUUUGAAGGAAUAUUUUCACGUAGGACGUACAAAACUGAACCACCAAGAAGUUUCCAAGCUAGGAACCAGGACUACAUAUUGUGAAGAGCAAUGGCAUCAAAGGGCGUGCCUUGCUUCAAGAUAAUUAUCCUUGGUCAGUUUGGUGUGGGGAAAAGUUCCUUAUUUCGCAAUUUUAUAGAUGGAUCAUUCUGCCCUGAUGCUGAUCCCAAGUCCAGCAUUGGUUUGGAUUUCUUCUCCAGACUGUUCAAGGUGGAAGAUGAUGUGGCAGUAGAGUUAACCUUGUGGGACACAGGGGGCAUGGAGCGGGUGUCCAGCCUCACAGCCAGCUACUACAAGGGGGCCCACGCCGGGCUACUGUGCUUCAGCCUCAGUGAUAAAGGGUCCCUCAGUGUUCUCUCUCAGUUCCAGAACGAAAUAAAAAUGUACUCCAAGACAAACACGCUUUUCCUGUGUGGGACCAAAUGCGAUGAGCAGGUUCAUGGGUCGUCCUGUGUCACAGACGAGGACAUUGAAAUGUUCGUCCAGAAUUUUGGGGAUGAGGCGCUAAGUGGACAGUACAAGACGUCCAACAAAACGGGCCAGGGGGUGAAAGAGAUGUUUGAAGACAUGGCCAGGGUGUUAUAUUUGAAGUCCAAGGGGCAGCAGUUUGAGAAGCAGAACACAAUCAGAGUGUCAUCAGCGCCACCAGGUGGCACCAGGAGAACAAGGUGCUGUAUGAGCAGGCAGAGUGAACUAGAUUUAUAAUGAUCAAUUUUAUGCCUUAUCCAUGAUAGUCAUCAUUAUAUUGACUACUAGGGAACCACUUGUGAAUUAAGAGAACUGGUUUGGUUUUAGAGAUGACAGUCAGCCUUAACUACCUGGUAUAUGAUAUUUGAAUUAUUUAAAUAUUUAAAUCCCACCUUUAGAACUGGUUUAUAAACAGAAGUUUUAACAUUGGUUUGACUUCUUCAUUCCUGAAGUUAAUUGUGACUGACAAAACCAGGCCCGUUUGAUUGCAAUUGUCAUGUCUUUUUUUUUUUUUUUUUUUGUGUGUGUGUGUGUGUUUGUGUGUGUUCACUAUAUGACAGUUGUUUUCAAAUUCCCUCACAUUGAGCAUCGAGUAGUCACUGGGGAUCAUUAUGAUGGUAACAUUCCAGUGUAAGUCUGGUCACAAAUUAGCCUGAUAUAUUUUUGGUUAAAAUACAUUAUAAUAGACAUUAAUCUACUACACACCUGCAUGGUACCAAGGCCACAGAUUGAUUUUUCACUACAUAUUCACACUUCUCUGGCUUAUUUAUGGCACAUUUCUCCACUCACAUUGGAGAAAAGUGCAGAUUAUUAAUCUGCAGCCCUGGUACUACAUACUGUACCUGUACCAAUGGUAGCAGAUAUACCAUAUGAACACCUUGAAAGGGAACCACAGUAGUAUUUUCUCAGGAAAUAUUUAAAUUCUUUCUGAUUGCAACCAAUUUGUUUAGAAUUGAACAAUUUUAGGUAUGCAAUAUAUCCAGAGGAUACUGGGAUCUCUUGCUGCUGCUUGACAAAUUUUUCCAAAGUUCACAGAAUUUCUCACUCAUAUGCAUAAACAAACUUUUGCAUUUACAUUAAUAGGCGCAGAUCUUUUAGGUCUGUUAAUUGCAAUAAAGUUUGAUAUUUGAGUAAUUUGUUGUAUUUAAGUACAAAAUAUAGAAUGUACUAGUAUGGAGGUGUUUUUAAUAUUUUAACAUUGAAACUUCAGAUAUUAUUUGUAUAAAUCUUUCUUGAAACUAGGUAUAUCUUUGAAAUAUAUUAGAUAUCAAAUUAGUGGGUAAUGUGUAGUGAACAUUAUUUUAUCUUAAAAUAUAUAUUUUUUACUUAAUCUGACAAUGUAUUAUUUUUCAUUUGAAAAUCU